AUGACUUCGUCCGAUGCUGAAGCCGCCACUGCGCUGAAGCUGCAGGGCAAUAAGGCAUUUCAGCAGCAUGAUUGGCCUACCGCCGUCGACUUCUACACCAAGGCCAUAGAGAAAUACGACAAGGACCCUUCGUUUUUCUCCAACAGAGCGCAAUGUCAUAUCAAACUUGAGGCUUAUGGCUAUGCCGUCGCCGAUGCGACCAAGGCCAUUGAGCUUGACCCCACCUACGUCAAGGCGUAUUGGAGAAGAGCGCUGGCCAAUACUGCGAUCCUGAAUUCUCGUGAGGCGCUCAAGGACUUCAAGGCGGUCGUCAAGAGGGAACCAAACAACCGAGAUGCAAAGCUAAAGCUGGCGGAAUGCGAGAAGCUGGUCCGUCGGAUCGAGUUUGAGAAGGCGAUCGAGGUUUCCGACCCGCCGUCGGCAUUCGAGGACCUGGACAUUGACUCCAUCGUCGUCGAUGACAACUACGACGGCGUCCGGCUAGGAUCGGAGAUGACGCAGGAGUUCAUCGACGAUAUGAUCCAGCGCUUCAAGAACGGAAAGAAGAUUCAUCGCAAGUAUGCCUUCCAGAUUAUCAAGGCAGUGAGAGACAUCACCUAUGCGGAGCCAACAAUGGUGGAGAUCGGGGUGGACGAAGGUACCAAGCUGACGGUCUGUGGUGACACGCACGGACAAUUCUUCGAUCUUUUGGAGAUCUUCAGACUGAACGGCUUCCCGUCGAACACACAUGCCUACCUGUUCAACGGAGACUUUGUCGAUCGUGGAUCCUGGUCGACAGAAAUCGCGUUCCUCCUAUACGCCUACAAAUGGCUGCGACCGAACAAAUUCUUCUUGAACCGUGGCAAUCACGAGACAGACGAUAUGAACCGGGCGUACGGUUUCGAGGGCGAAUGCAAGGCGAAAUACAACGAGCGGACUUUCAAGCUCUUCUCCGAGUCGUUCUCUGCUCUGCCUCUGGCUACGUUGAUCGGCAAUAAAUACUUCGUUCUCCACGGCGGUCUCUUCUCCGACGACAACACCUCCUUGGACGACAUCCGGAAAUUGAACAGACACAACCAGCGCCAGCCUGGUCAGCAAGGCUUGAUGAUGGAGAUGCUAUGGACCGAUCCACAGCCCACUCCCGGCCGUGGUCCCAGCAAGAGAGGUGUUGGAAUGCAGUUUGGCCCUGAUGUCACCAAGCGCUUCUGCGAGAAGAACGGUCUCGAGGCGGUCAUCCGAUCGCAUGAAGUCCGGAUGGAGGGAUACGAGAUCGAGCAUGACGGUCGCUGUAUCACAGUCUUCUCUGCGCCCAAGUACUGUGACACGACCGAAAACAAGGGUGCUUACAUCAACAUUGGCCCCGAGCUGAAGCUGGAAUUCCACAAGUUCGAUGCCGUUCCUCACCCAGACAUUAAGCCUAUGGUACCUCAAUACCUCACCUCUGACCCCAAGAGCUUCGCCUCUGUCUCAGCACAUGAGCGAUGGCCGGUCAUUGUGACGGGCGCAAUUGACGAUCUCCACCGAACUGUUGCGGACGUCACCGAUGAGGAGAAGCGCGCUGAGGGCAAGAGCAUCAUCGAGUCCCUCGCAAAGCUGAAAUAUGAACUUCAACAUAACAGGCAGUUGACGCCACUUCCCGACGAUGGAGAACCAGAUAUUGCCGAAUACAAUAAGGAGUUAGAGCAGAGGGGAAAUCCGACAUGGCACAAUGUAGCAUGGCUGUUCUCAGAAUGCUAUCUCUACAGGCGCAUAAGCACCCUAUUCCGGCUCUCCAAGCAUUGGAAGGGCUAUGAUGUCUUCUCUCGCCAGAAGAUGUCCACGUUCAAGUCCUCCCGCCCUGCUGUACUGGAAUUGGCAGGUAAAUACAGAAAACUUGCUCAGGAAGCAGAAAGCGGCAAAGGGACCGACGGCAAGAGCCCAGAGCAGGUCGAGGAAGCAGAGAAAUUACUCUUCUCUGAGAUGUGCGAGAUCUGUCUCUGGGGGAAUGCCACUGAUCUCUCCCUUCUCACAUCGCUUACCUAUGAGGAUAUUCAGAAGCUUCAGGGCGCGGAUGCCCGCAAGGCUUCCCAGAAGAACAUCAUCGUCAACGACAUGGACGCUGCGUUUGAUGUUCUGCGGAAUGCGCGCAAGACCAAGAAGAACCAGGAACGCCGUGUAGAUAUCGUUCUCGAUAAUGCCGGCUUCGAGCUGUUCGUCGACCUCAUCCUGGCGGGUUACCUCCUUUCUGCAGACCUGGCCACGACCGUCGUCCUUCACCCAAAGACCAUCCCGUGGUUUGUCUCAGACGUCAUUCCUAAGGACUUUUCGGACCUGCUCAACGCCCUCUACGACCCACAAGCAUUCUACACUGCUCCUGACGACACGGGAAAGACCUACGAGCCUCUAUCCGACAGGGAGGUUGAGGAAGUCAAGUUCCUCUUCAGCCAGUGGAGUCACUUCCACGCCGAAGGAAAACUGGUCCUGCGUCCGCACAGGUUCUGGACCACACCCGGAAGCUACUGGCGUCUUCCAACUACAGCUCCUGAGCUCUUCGAGGACCUACAGCAGAGCGAACUGGUCCUGUUCAAGGGUGACCUUAACUACCGCAAGCUAACAGGCGAUGCUGAUUGGGAUCCAACCACCCCGUUCACCACUGCAAUUGGGCCUCUUGGUCCCAAAUCCGGUAUGCGCACACUUGCCUUCCGCACUUGCAAGGCUGAUGUCGUCGUCGGACUGCCCGCUGGCGUGGACGAGAAGCUCCGACAGGCAGAGAAUGGAGGUGGCGAUUCCGGAGCCCGCAAGUGGGCUUGGAGCGGUAAAUGGGCCGUCGUCUCUUUCUGCGACGGCAAGGCCUGA